UAGUUACUACUCGUUUAGAACAGUAUGGUUCUUCAGAUUUUUCUGUGUUUUUGGUCAUAGGUAUCCGAGCAUUUGCGGCAAGCGGGUGCUUCCAGACCGAGAGAAAUGCACUGCUGGCUGUCAAAGCGGGCUUCACUGAUCCGGGCAACCGCCUGUCCUCGUGGGAAGGCCAAGACUGCUGCAAGUGGAGGGGAGUCGUUUGCAGCAACACAACCGGUCAUGUUCUGAAACUCAACCUGCGAAACUCCUAUAACGAUGUUAAUAAAAGACCGUCGCCGGCUUUGAGUGGCAUCCAAGCAUUUGUGGCAAGCGGGUGCUUCGAGACCGAGAGAAAUGCAUUGCUAGCUUUCAAAGCAGAUCUAAUUGAUCCUCGCAACCGCUUAGCCUCGUGGAAAAGCCAAAACUGCUGUACAUGGAAGGGAGUCGUUUGCAGCAAUACAAGCGGUCACAUUUUGAAGCUCAACCUGCGAAACUCCUACGACAAUUUUGAUUACCUUUAUUAUGGUAAAAGACCGUCAGCUUUGGGUGGUAAGAUUAGUCCAUCUUGGCUUCUCUUAAAUCAUUUGGAGCACUUAGAUCUCAGUUUGAACAACUUCAGCGAGAUUCGCAUCCCGAAGUACUUUGGUUCUUUAAAAAACUUGAGAUAUCUUAACCUCUCUGGAGCUUGUUUCAGUGCAAUGGUACCGCCUCAACUUGGAAACCUCUCAAAACUUCAUUAUCUCGACCUCAGUUCUUUCCAUUGUGAUACCAAUAUCAGAGUUGAUAAUAUCUUGUGGCUUGCCCAUAUGUCUUCUUUGCAUUAUCUUAAUAUGAGUUUCGUUAACAUGAGUUUUGCUACAUAUUGGUUACAAGCAAUAAACAUGCUGCCAUCGUUGAAAUAUCUUGAUAUGAGCUGGACUAGUCUUCCCACAAUUCCCAUUUCCCUACCAUAUCUUAACAUUACAACCCUUGGAGUCCUCAACAUUGCAGGCAACAACAUCAACUCUACCUUGCCUAGAUGGCUACGGAAUCUUACUAGCAUCACUCAUCUUGACCUUUCUUCCAAUGAGUUUCAUGGCUUUAUUCCCGAUGAAUUGAGUUGCCUGAAGUCCUUAAAUGUUCUUUCUUUAGGAUCUAAUAAUUUUGAAGGCAUGUCACCGAAAGCAUUUAGUAAUCUUUGUAGCUUGAAUACUUUGGAUUUGCGUAGAGUUGGUUUUAGUGGAGAAAUAAAUAAAUGGGCAGAGAGACUGCCGAGUUGCGCGCAACAAAAUAUACAAAACCUGUAUUUUAAGAAUAACGAGUUAAGCGGUAAUUUAUCAGGUUGGCUGGAGAACAUGACUAGCCUAACUGAAAUAGACCUAAGUGGAAAUUCACUAAAUGGGACCAUCCCACUUGGGGUUUGGAGGUUUACUAACUUAACUAGAUUAUAUCUCCAAAGUAAUUUCUUCGAGGGCACUAUAACAGAAGUCCAACUUUCUCACUUGCAGAGGCUAAAAUGGUUAGACCUUGCAUAUAACACCUUUAACUUGCAAAUUAGUCAUGAUUGGAUUCCUCAUUUUCAACUAAAAACACUUCACUUGGCUUCUUGCAAUCUGGGACCUAAAUUUCCUACUUGGCUUCAAGGACAGACACAACUAGAAGAACUUGGCUUAUCAAAAAAUGGAAUUGUUGGUACCCUUCCCAAUUGGCUUUGGAAUAUGUCCAGUUUCGACGGCAACCUACCAUUCGCUUUAUGUGAAUCAACUUCAUUGCAAGUUCUCGAUAUAUCGAACAACAAGCUAUCAGGAGAAAUUCCUUCGUGUCUAGGGAUGUUGCAAGAUCAACUUCUUGUUCUUGAUAUGAUGAGCAAUACUUUAUCUGGAAAUGUUCCUACCUCCCUCGGCAAACUACGUGCUCUUUCGAUACUGGAUUUAAGCAAUAAUCGCUUGUCGGGGGAAAUUCCUUCUUCUUUGCAAUAUUGUCGACAGUUAGUUAAUCUUAACCUUGGAAAUAAUAAUUUUUCUGGAACAAUAUCUAAAUGGAUAGGGGAAAGCUUAUUGGUUCUCAUGGUGCUCAUCUUGCGCUCAAAUGGGUUUUCAGGUAGCAUCCCAUCGCAAAUCACACAACUUGGAUUUCUACGAGUCUUAGAUCUUUCUCACAACAACUUAUCUGGAACUAUACCCGGAUCUAUUGGAAAAUUAAGUUGGAAAAAAGGGGUUCCUACAGAUCACAUGCUAUUUUUUCGAUAUGGAAGCUUUGAUGUCUUAGCUGGCACUGCAUAUUUAGUUGUAAAAGGAGAGGCACGGGAAUAUUCGAAACUUCUUUAUCUUGUCGAAAGCAUUGACCUUUCCUGUAAUAAUCUCUAUGGAGAGAUCCCUGAUGAGAUAGGAGAUUUACAGGCACUGCAAAAUCUAAACUUAUCCAUGAAUCAUUUGACAGGACAUAUUCCAGAUCAAAUCGGCAAGAUGCAUGAAUUGGAAUCACUUGAUGUAGCAAUAAACAAGCUUUCUGGGACUAUUCCACAAAGUCUUGCUACACUGAAUUAUUUGAGCAGUUUAAAUGUGUCGUAUAAUAAUCUGUCGGGAAAAAUUCCAUCAGGAAAUCAAAUGCAGACUCUCAACGAUCCAUCUAUAUAUAUUGGCAAUCCAUAUCUUUGCGGGUCACCAACUACGCAGAGUUGCUCCACUAAUGAAACAACUAUUGUUUUUGGCAAAGAGUCGCAUGACCGCGAAGUUCUCUCCUCCCUCGCCCGUGAUUUUUUCCCUGCAAAGAAUUUUUCAUGCAUCCGAGCAUUUGCGGCAAGCGGGUGCUUCGAGACCGAGAGAAAUGCACUGCUGGCUGUCAAAGUGGGCUUCACUAAUCCGGGCAACCGCCUGUCCUCGUGGGAAGGCCAAGACUGCUGCGAAUGGAGGGGAGUCGUUUGCAGCAACACAACCGGUCAUGUUCUGAAACUCAACCUGCGAAACUCCUAUAACGAUGUUAAUAAAAGACCGUCGCCGGCUUUGAGUGGUAAGAUCAGUCCAUCUCUGCUUCUCUUAAAUCAUCUGAAGCACUUAGAUCUCAGCUCGAACAAUUUCAACGGGAUUCGCAUCCCGACGUACUUUGGUUCUCUGAAAAAUUUACGGUAUCUUAACCUCUCUCGAGCUUGUUUCGGUGGAACGGUACCUCCUCAACUCGGAAAUCUCUCAAACCUUCAUUAUCUUGACAUAAAUUCUAUCGGUUGUGAGGCUUAUGAUAUUGCAGUAGACAACUUCGCGUGGGUCGCUCAUCUGUCUUCUCUGCGUUAUCUUGAUAUGAGUUUUGUCAACAUGAGUAUUGCUACAGAUUGGUUUCAAGCAAUAAACAAGCUGCCAUCUUUGACAUAUCUUGAUAUUACCUACACUAAUCCUUCCGUAAUACCGAUUUCUCUACCGCAUAUCAACAUUACGAGUCUUAGAGUCCUCAAAAUCGCAAGCAACAACAUCAACUCCACCAUACCUAGAUGGAUAUGGAACCUUACCGGCAUCACUUACCUCGACCUUUCUUUCAAUCAAUUCCAUGGUUUCAUUCCUUCUGAAUUGAGUUUCCUAAAGUCUCUAAAAGUCCUUCUCUUGAGAUAUAAUAAUUUCAAAGGCGUGUCACCGAAAGCAUUUAAUAAUCUCUGCAACUUGAGCACUCUGGAUUUGAACAGCGUUGGUUUCACCGGACGAGGAAUUAGAUCAGUGGAGAGAUUGUCGAGCUGCACGCAACAAAAUCUACAGAUUUUACGUUUUGCAGAUAACAAAUUGAGGGGGAACUUGUCAGGUUGGCUAGAGCGCAUGACCAGUCUAACUAAUAUAGACCUUUCUGGAAACUCGCUAAAUGGGACCAUCCCUAUUGGAGUCUGGAGGCUUCCUAACUUAACUGCAUUAUAUCUCGAAAGUAAUUUCCUCGAGGGUGUCGUAACAGAAAUCGAACUUUCCUACUUAAAGAGAAUAAAAUGGUUAUCACUUUCAUAUAACUCCUUACAUGUGCAAGUUAUGAGUCAUGACUGGACCCCUCCUUUUCAGCUGAAGGGACUCAAAUUGGCUUCCUGCAAUCUGGGACCGAAAUUUCCUCCUUGGCUGCAAGGACAGACCCAACUCGGAGAGAUAAACUUGUCGAAAACUAAAAUUGUAGAUACACUUCCUGAUUGGCUUUGGAAUAUGUCCAGUUCCCUAGAAGUAAUCGAUCUCUCGUAUAACCAAAUCAAAGGAAAAUUACCAUUGUCGCUGAACCGUGUCAUGCUACGGUAUCUAAAUUUGAGCUCAAACCAGUUUGAAGGCCCAUUGCCAGCUCUUCCGCAAACUCCUACUGUCCUGGAUCUGUCCAACAAUUUUUUUACGGGACCGAUACCAAACUCUACGCUAUCGAGUUUAGAGUAUUUGCUUCUUUCUAAUAAUAGUUUCGACGGCAAUGUACCAGUCUCUUUAUGCGAAUCAACUUCAUUAAUAGUUCUUGAUAUAUCAAACAACAAGCUAUCAGGAGAAAUUCCUCCCUGUUUAGGGAUGUUGCAAGAUCAGCUUUUUGUUCUGGAUACGAUGAACAAUAAUUUAUCUGGACAAAUUCCUGCAUCCCUUGGCAAACAAACGGAUCUUUCGAUAUUGAAUUUAAGAAAUAAUAGCUUGUCAGGAGAAAUUCCUUCUUCUUUGCAGUAUUGUACAGAGCUAAUUAUUCUCGACCUUGGAUAUAAUAAUUUUUCUGGAACAAUACCUAAAUGGAUUGGAGAAAGCUUACCGUUUCUCAUGGUGCUCAGCUUGUGCUCAAACACAUUUUCGGGUAGCAUACCUUCGGAAAUUGUGCAACUCGGAUAUCUACGAGCCCUAGAUCUUUCUCACAAUAUCUUAUCUGGAUCUAUACCUCGAUCUAUUGGAGAAUUAAGUUGGGAAAAAGGAGUUCCUAUAAUGCCAUUUUUUGAAUACAGUAACUAUAAUGUCUCAGCCGGCAGUGUCGGCAGUGUAUAUUUAGUUGUGAAAGGAGAGGCACGAGAAUAUUCGAAACUUCUUUAUCUUUUUGAAAGCAUUGACCUUUCUUGCAAUAAUCUAUAUGGAGAGAUCCCUGAUGAGAUCGGAGAUUUACAGGCACUGCAGAAUCUGAACUUAUCGAUAAAUCAUUUGACAGGACAUAUCCCAGAUCAAAUCGGUAUGAUGCAUGCAUUGGAGUCCCUUGAUGUAGCAAUGAACAACCUUUCUGGGACUAUUCCACAAAGUCUUGCUACACUGAAUUAUCUGAGCUACUUAAAUGUGUCGUAUAAUAAUCUAUCAGGAAAAAUUCCGUCAGGAUAUCAACUGCAGACCCUUAAUGAUCCAUCUAUAUAUAUGGGCAAUCCAUAUCUUUGUGGGCCACCAACUACGCAGAGUUGCUUCACUAAUGAAACAAUUCAUGUCUUUGGAAAAAGGUCGCAUGACCGGUUUGAAAGAUUAGGGCCGGACAUUAGUGUGGUGUUAGGAUUUAUAAUAGGAUUUUGGAUUUUCUGUGGUGUUUUUUUGUUAAGCAGAUCAUUGAGAAUUUCUUAUUUCUCCGCAAUCGACCGCACAUAUGAUAGGCUUUAUGUUGCUGUUGCAUUAGCACUCAUUAGCUUAAGAAGGAGAUUUAGGGAAGUGUAGUUUUUUGCAGUUGCAUUUUAUGAUGCUCGAAAAAACUAAAUAUUAUGUUUCAAUUUACAAAGUUAAUGUACUAGCAUGCAGUGAUGAAACGAUUGCUCUUUUCGGAAUCACUUUAUCUGUGUUUAA